AUGCUGAAGCGUGUGGCACACACCAAGUGGCUCCUCUGGCUGCUGAGCACGGUGCUGGCCCUGGCGGCGGGCGCGGCGGCGGCGCCGGUGCCGGCGGUGCCGGGCAGCCCGCUGUCGGACCGGGAGUACGAGCAGUUCUUCGCCAGGAUGCACCCGCCCUGGCAGGCCAACAUGUUCUGCCUGCUGCGGCAGGCGUACGGCUGCCUGAGCCCCAGCAUCCUGCGCAUGGACCAGGCCGAGAACCACGGAGAAAUCCCCAAAGGGCCAGUCUGCUCUCAGUUUCCAGAGGUGGCGGAGUUCCAGACCUUCUGCCAGUUCGCCCAGUACCGCUGCCUCAAACAGCAGUUCUUCAUCAAGCGAGUCCCGUGUGCGAGCAAGUCUCUCGCCAGCCCCUCCCCGAUGGAGCGAUCCCGCCCCGUGCAGCCCUCGCCGGAGGGCAGAGCCUCCCCUGUCACACCAGCUCAGGAACCGUGGCCCACGAAGCCCCCCACAGCCAAUCCAGAGGUGCCCACGCCCUGGCAGAACAACAGGACCCUGCACCCACCAAAUCUCUGGGCUGACACCUCACCUUCCAGGACGGAAUCCCCCGACGAGCAAAACCUGAGAAAAAGCAUCUGGCAGCUGAUCCAUUCGGCCCUCUCCUUGGAUGCAUCCUUGGACAGCCACGCCUCCUCUUGGAACUCCUCCAGCUCGGGCCCAGGAUACGCAUCAGAGGAGGGAACUGCUCCCCGAGGCAGCCUUCUAGCCCUGCAGAAUGAUGAGGCAGUGCUGGUCCUGUGCUAUGCAGUGCUGGAGGGAAACUGCCUCUCAUCAAUGCUCACCACGGCCUGGAAGGAGAUGGAAAAAAGAGUCUUUGGGUUCGGAGACUCGGUGUGUGACAACCUCGGGCGGCACCACGUGGACCUGUGCCCCGACUGCGCCUUCUGCUCGCUGAAGAGGGAGCAGUGCCAGAACAUCGAGAGCCUGAACCGCGUGCACUGCGACUCGGGCGCCUUCUCCCCCUACAUCAACCCCGAGAUCUCCGCCCAGCAGGGGCACAUCCAGGGCCAGUCCAUGUCCUCACAGACCCUGAAUGACUACAACAUGAACUUUCUGAGAGGGAUGAGGAUGGAGUACUGGUGCAGCCGGAUGGCCAUCUAUGGCUGUAACGACCCUGCUGUGACCCUCUGGCUGAAGGCAGAGUAUGAAACCUUCCCAGACACGGAUAGCUCAGGAAAGAUCUGUGACUCGAGCGGGCUUCAGCACCCCGACUACUGCAUGUUCAAGAGCUACCAGUGCUUCCUGAAGAGCAUCUACAACGAGAGGGUGGUUCGUGUGAAAUGCAGCCGUAACAUGGCCUACCGGGUGCUGAGUGCCAGGGAGGGACAAAAGGAGGUGCAGCUGUGGCGAGAGAAAUUCCGCAGCCUCUCCAGGAAGAAAUCACAAAAAUGA